UCCAACUCCCACCCAAGAACCAGUAUAAUGAAAAUCUUUUCUGGAAAGCAGUUGCACUCUACCUAAGCCACCAGAACAGGAAGCAGAAAAUCCCAUGGCAGAGUCAUUGGCAGCAUUAAAUUCUGCUUGGAACUCAUCAUGGUGCCAAUGUCUUGCAUAGAUGCCAGGUAGCUUGUGAUUCGUAACGCUAUAGGAGGCAGUGAAGCUACCUGUGCAAACUCUCUGUUUGCACUGCCUGAAGAAGGGAAGCCAGCUGCGUUAAUGCCUAGACUCCUUGAAUGACAGAUUAAUCAGCCACUCGAUGGGGAUUAACAGUGGAGCACCUCUUUGUGUCGCCUUUCCACCUCUGUGCAACAAGGAAAACUUCAGCACCUCUUCAAUAAUAAUUAUGAAACUCGUAUUAACUGAAUGGCAAUUAUGGAUUUUUAACUCUAAUUCACAGUAAACCGGCAAGCCAUAUGUUGAAAUUCCUACCAAAUAGCUUUGUUGUCUCCUACCUACAUGAGAAGUUGUGAAAUACCUGUUUGUACAAGAGGAAUAUAAGCAUUACUUGGGUGAGAAGCAGAAGCUGACAGAAGAAAUCUUAAGUUGCCCUUGGAGAUAUGAUAGUAUUAUUUAUAUAGAGAUAUAUUUUUAUGGUGAUGAGAAUGGCUCCUCAGAAUGCUGACUCGGAAUCUAUGCAAGUUCAAGAGCUGCCUGUAGCCCAGGAUGAGAAACCGGAGAACGAGAGCAGAGAGGAGACCAUCAGCGAGGGCUCCAUCGACCGGAUACCGAUACGCCUGUGGGUGAUGCACGGCGCGGUCAUGUUUGGCAGGGAAUUCUGUUACGCCAUGGAAACGGCAUUGGUCACUCCAGUAUUGCUGCAAAUUGGUCUUCCUGAGCAGUACUACAGCCUCACUUGGUUCCUUAGCCCUAUCCUGGGCUUGAUCUUCACUCCACUCAUAGGUUCGGCCAGUGACCGCUGCACCCUGAGCUGGGGCCGCCGGAGGCCUUUUAUUCUCGCUCUCUCCAUCGGUGUCCUCUUUGGAGUUGCACUUUUCCUUAAUGGCUCUGUUAUAGGUCUAGCCAUUGGAGACGUCCCAGACAAGCAGCCAAUUGGCAUAGUUCUCACAGUGCUGGGGGUGGUGGUGUUGGAUUUUUGUGCUGAUGCAACAGAAGGGCCGAUUCGAGCCUAUUUACUCGAUGUGGUGGAUAGCGAGGAACAGGACAUGGCACUCAACAUCCAUGCCUUCUCAGCUGGUCUUGGAGGAGCAAUCGGCUAUAUGCUGGGAGGGCUUGACUGGACACAGACCUUUUUGGGCGAUCUCUUCAAAUCUCAAGAACAAGUACUUUUCUUCUUUGCAGCCAUUAUUUUCUCUGUCUCCGUAGCUCUUCAUCUUUUUAGUAUUGAAGAAGAGCAGUAUAACCCUCAACAGGAUAGAAUUGAUGAAGAAGGAGACACGCUGUCUAGUGUCAAGUACAGUGGCAGUCUCCCACCCCUCAGUCGUUUGAAUGCAAUUAGUGAGGAAGAUCCAUAUGGAGCUUCUCUGUUCCCUGACGAUGGUCGUUCAGAGGCAGACCUCGACCUUGAUUUCCUCGAGGUGAAUAUCGUCAGGAGCAAGAGCGAUUCUAUCCUGCACAUGCCUGAUGCUACUAUAGAAAUCGAACCAGAGCUGCUUUUUCUACAAGACAUUGAGCCUUCCAUUUUUCAGGAUGCAUCCUACCCAAACACACCCCACACCACCAGCCAGGAACUUAUGAAGUCCAAAUUCAACCGCUUGUCUGCUUUCCUCAGGGAAAAUGAAAAAGAGGAGGAGAUGUUGCUUGAUAAUCACUUGAAUGUAGGCAAAGUCCCAAAUGCAAACGGCUCCCUACCAAAAGAGCUCCUGAAUGGACAUGCUAGAAUUGGCAUGAAGCCAUCCAGUACUUCCAACUCCAUGCGCAGACGGAGACACAUGUUCUACCGUCAGCCUUCUUACACCUUCUCGUACUAUGGCAAAAUAGGGUCUCGCCGCUAUCGUUUCCGACGGGCCAAUGCCAUUGUCUUGAUAAAGUCCUCCCGCAGCAUGAAUGAUAUCUAUGACAUGCAGAAGAGGCAACGGCAGAGAUACCGGCACAGGAAUCAGAGUGGUGCAACUAAUUCUAGUGGAGACACAGAGAGCGAGGAAGGGGAAACUGAAACCACUGUCAGACUGCUGUGGUUGUCCAUGCUAAAGAUGCCAAAGGAGCUACUGAGACUUUGCGUCUGUCACCUCUUAACCUGGUUUUCAAUCAUUGCUGAAGCUGUGUUUUAUACAGAUUUCAUGGGACAGGUCAUUUUUAAAGGUGAUCCCAAGGGCCCUUCUAAUUCUACCGAGCUUCAUGCCUAUAAUGCUGGAGUUCAGAUGGGCUGCUGGGGAUUGGUAAUUUAUGCUGCUACUGCUGCUGUUUGUUCAGCCUUAUUACAAAAAUAUCUGGACAACUACGACCUUAGUAUAAGGGUGAUCUACAUUCUGGGCACACUGGGCUUUUCUAUUGGUACCGCAGUCAUGGCGAUGUUCCCCAACGUGUACGUCUCUAUGAUAAUGAUCAGCACCAUGGGCAUCGUGUCUAUGAGUAUAUCGUACUGCCCCUACGCGCUUCUAGGACAAUACCAUGAUAUCAGAGAGUAUAUUCACCACAGUCCUGGAAACUCAAAGCGAGGAUUUGGCAUAGACUGUGCCAUUCUGUCAUGUCAGGUUUAUAUCUCCCAAAUCCUUGCGGCCUCAGCGCUUGGUGGAGUGGUGGAUGCCGUUGGCACGGUCCGGGUUAUUCCAAUGGUGGCAUCCGUGGGAUCCUUCCUAGGCUUUUUGACCGCUACCUUCUUGGUGAUUUACCCAGACGUCACUGAGGAUCCCAAAGAAGAGCAGAAGGGACUGGGCCCUCCAGAGACGACUGACAAAAACGGCGUGAAUGCAGAGAAACCAACUGUUAUAAAGCUCACACGGAAAGGGACCGCUUCAACGGAAGUGCAAAGCGAGUCCGUUGUGUGAAGGGGCCACCUCUCAUCCGUGCACAUUCCAAGUGGUUCGAGCGCUUGAGGGAGGACGUUGUUAAGGGAAGAGAAACAAGAACCUUCAACAUGUGUUGCUUGAAACGGCAGCAAAAAAAGGCUUUCGUGCAAAAAUGCAGACUAAAUUCCAUAGUCCUGAAAUAGGUUUGAACAGGUAGUAAUAGUGCUAAUCGCUUUCUCAACCUAGAAAAUGUCAUUUCUGAACACUACUUUUUUAAAUUCAGAACACAUACUUAGAUUUCAGCUAACUUCUACAAAGCUGCAGGUGCAUCAUUCUUGCAUGGUUUUUAAAACGUUAUAACAGGUUCACGGUGUAUACACUUAGCAGUUUCAGCAAUUUUUAGACUGUAAUUGGAAAAAGACAAAACAAACGUUAUUCUGGCCAUAUUCUUUGCAGUUUUUUGCCUGAACAUUUCAGAUCUUGCUAGCGUUGUAAGUGAAUGCAUAGGCAUCUUGAUCGGUGGGGUGGUUCCCUCCUCAAACACAAUAUCAGUCUACCGUAUUUUAAUUUUACUUUGGAUUUCAUUGUAUUUUUGUUGGUGCAAUAAUUACUUGGCAUUUUUCUUUGUAACUACUGCAGUUUCCAAGAGCUGCUGUGAAAUCUUUAUUUGACAGAUCUAUUCCCAAAUCUGCUGUUUGCAAGGAACUGACGGUGGUCGGUGCAUGGUUGGAACAGCUGAAAAGGUGGUUGGCACUUGCAAGGAGUGCUGAAUUUAAUAAGCAUCGUGGGAACACACCAGAACAGUUUUCAGCUGGGAGCUUUUGCGUGCUGGUGGACUCCCUGGGGUUGGGUUUCUCUCUUGGUGUUUAAAGGUGAUCAACUCCUUUUGAUGGAGCUGCUGUGGAGAGGGGAAUCUGUUCAGGUCAGCUUCACGGAUGGAUAUUUGGAGCCCAUUAGUGGGCAAAGAAGUUGUUAAUUUAAUUGCACUUUUUAUGAUCCUUUAGCAUCCUGGCUGGGAAUGACGGUGGCAGAGUUGAAGGCACAGCAUCAGUGCAACGAGUUAAACCAGAGACCUGCCAGUAUAAUAACUGGGCAUAGUCUGGUGAUAUGAAAAUCAGCUUUGGGCCUUAACCAGCCCAUUGGCAUUUACUGCUGUUCCUGCCUGUAGAUGGGGGUUGUUGUCCCUUGGAGCCUCCGAAUUUAAUCCUGAAGCGUGACCUCUUUUUAUCCCCUUACUUUUUGGAUUCAGGACAUAGCUGCGGUGCAAAGAAAUUUUCUGUGAAGAGUGCUACUAGUUUAAUUUGAAACGACUAUUUGAAUAGUUAGCAAUGCCCAGAUACUUGGGUUAGACAUAACUCAGAGGUGCAGCUGCCUUUUUAAGCUCUUCUAGAAAUACAGGCAGCAAACUUCCAGUCCUUACGAGAAAUAUAUGUGACCAUUUCCAUGUGGAGUAUAAGAGGCCGAAGCCAGUUCACAUGUUUUAAAAUGACAAAUCAAGCUGCUUGUUGUAAUAUUUCUGCUGCCUCAGACUCCUUACGACAGUCCUUUAAAAUGCAUGUGUGAAUCAUGCUGCAAUAUAUACCUUCAGAAAUUAUAGAUGCAUAUAGAUAUAGAUAUAUAUAUUUCAAAAUGAAAAGCAGUUUUUUUAAUAAAUUACUUGAAUUGUCAAUGUAUUUAAGAGAAUAUGUAUGUUUUGGUAUAUCUGAAGCUAACAUGCAGUCUUGCCAACGUCAUUGCUAGGUUACUAAUGGCAUCUAGGUUCGUUUCUUAGUGGAAGGACUUCAGUCAGUACUCGCGUCAAACUCCCCCGGGAGCGGAUAAGCUGUCUUUAGGCUGGUAGCAUAUCAUAGCACUGAAGCAUAGAAUUGCACAGGAUUUUUUUUUAAGUGUUUCAAAGUUUUUUGAUUAUUUUUUUUCCUUACUUUUCUUGUGACAGCUGUUUUUAUUUAGAAUGCUUUUAGUGAAUUUUGCUUUCAGGCAAGAAAAUAAUACUACUGAAACCUUUUAGGACCUUGAAGAAAUCAGUUAUGACAAAUAUAUUAACUGAACUGUAGGAGUGAAUCAUCUCAGUUAAGUUUUAAUGCAUCCUGGUAGCGCUCACAUAUAAUGAAUGCAGUGUUGUGCUUCACCAUGGGAGCUGGCAUUCUUGUAAAAUAUAAACCUAAUUAGACAUUUUUAAAAAGGCUUUAAUAAUUUCUUUUUAAAUGCUCUGUCUAAAGCUCUGCUUUGUGUUUAAGUGGACGCAGUCGAGUAGUUCUUAACUUAGGCAUAUAAACACGUUUUACAGUCUCCAUUAGUGUUAAAAUUGCAGUUUGAAAACAUUCAUCAUAUUCUUAGUGCCAGUCUUGCCCUUUUUCUCCUUGACAGAUGCGUUUCAUUGGUUUGAAUGUAGUUUUAAAUUAGCAUUAUUUCAUGCAACACCCUCUUGAGUCAAAAUAUUGGGCAUUGGCCUAGUUAGCUGAUGAGACAGACUGUGGGGAGAGGGGGUUUAGCUACCUCUUGCCAUACUGCCGGAGCGAACAUCACGUCUUGCUUCACGGGGGCUGAGGGCGCGCAAGGCUUUAUUGGGGAAAGGUGGGAGAACUCCCAUUGCAAAUCCACGGGAUCCCAGCCCACAGGUCGGGGCAGGUUGAAUUUUGUGUUGGCCAGACCUCUUUUUCUUAAGAACUGAACAUUUGGAAUACUCUUAUUUUGGGCUUUUAAAGAGUUGGUUUAGCGAGUUGCUGUAGCACAUCAGUGAGCGCGUUGUUUUGUAGUGUGGAGUUUUAUUCCAGUGCAGCACAGCUUUGUAACCAAAGGAGCUCACUCUGUACCUUAGCCAACUUCAGAAAGAGGCGGCGUCCCUUGCCGGUGUCGUUUCUCUGAAAAUGUCCUCCUUUGAUUUUACUUUCUUUUUGAAGGAGUGUCCCUCUCAAGCCCAGUCACUUCCUUCCUCUAACCAGACCCCUUAUCUGCAAAUGCGAAAAUGAUUUCCAUCAGGUUGCACUACUUGCACCCACCAACGUGGCUGGAGGAAUGUGCUGAGAGAGCUGCGUGUAGCCGCUCUGAAUACCAUUUAGGUUUGCUGAUCUGACCACAGUCUAUUUUAUUCUGUGUACUCCACCAUCUAAGAUGCACGCUGCAGCAGGUUCAGGCUUUGAGGGUUUCAUUCUUCCUGCGCUUCUCCAGACUCUGCAGCACUUUACUCGGAUAAAAGUCUUCAUUUCUGAACACCAUUUAGAUGCCCCCAAGUCAGUAUCAGAUUUUUGUACUGUUAAAAAGCAUUUCUUGGUGCGAGUUACUGGCUUGUUAGGCUGUGCUGUUAGCAGGCUGGUGUGUUCAUGUAACCAUUUUGGAAAUGAAAAUUGAAUUUGCUGCAUUGAUUUACCAGAGUCCCAUCAGCGCUGGGCCGUGCUGUACGCUAACGAUGAUUUCAGAAGACAGAUGCAAUCAUUUCUGCAGAACGUUCCCAUCCCUAUAGAGUCAGAGGUGGUUCCUUGAGAUCUCUUGCUAACAUUAGGCUUUUAAUAAAAAUCUGACUUAUCCUAGACCAGAUCAGACAGACAGCUCUGACUGUCACUAUGGAAAGACGCACGUCUUUCGUCGCCAAAGUUGCGAGGUUGUCAGGGGGAAAUGACAGUGAAUCCAGUAGAAAUCGGGACUCUUCGAAACUCCUCACAGCCUUUGCAUCCUCUCAUGCGUGUGCUGUUUCUACAAGAUGGCACGUUUCCAAGCUAAGAGGACUUGCUGAGAACGAAACGAAUUGUAGCCUCCUGAUCUGAUGCGAGGAAUCGGGAUUUCCUCAAUCGGCAGCUCUUGAGUAACCUGCCGGGUGGAAACUCUUCCUCGGGCCUGACGGCUAAAGCAGGCUGACUCGAGCACAUUUCUUGUGGGACAUAUAUUGUUUUAAAGGGCAGGGACGCUAGAGCAGAGGGAUUCUCCAUCUUGUGUCCUUUAGUUUGAAUUGCUGCUAUCCCAGAUCAUUCAAUACUGUGGCAGAGGUAGCAAUACUGCCAGGCCUGUAGUUGAAGACCAAAUGGUACCAGCUUGUUCCUAAUGUUAGAUCUUGGUAAACCAAUGUCUUGCCCCGAAACCCUUUGCAGCCAGCAGGACUUUUUUGUUUUUUGUAUUGACUACAGUGGGUUUUAGUUCAAGUCCUUAAUACAACUUUGCAACUCUCUGGAUUAAUAGUAAUUUCCAAAUAGGAGGAGGAGGUCAAAUGGUCGUACUCAAGAUUUGCACCUGUUUCUGCUCAGAGGGAGGAAAUGGGUGGAACAGCACAGCACAGCUGAUGAUUUCUCUCCUCAAGACGCAUUUCAGCUGUCAAAAGCAUUUGUUCAACAUUUCACAUCUUACCUCAUAGCAGUUUUACAUGGGCAAGCGGUUUGGUGGUUUGACACCCGUGGGUCAAGGUCUAGCUCUACCGGGAGUGCAGUUAACGGGACGGCUCUUUGUGGUCUACCGGGCAAGAGUUUCACUUGCGUUCUUCCAGCUUCCCCCAUCUUAGUCCAGUGCACAAGCUGAGCUAUAAAUAUUUAGCUUCUUUAAAUAAAAACCUUGCAUGAUACUCCGAGGAUAUGUAGCAUUUUUUUGCAUCUGAAGCAUCUCUUGUGCAUGAGCGGUUCUUAUUUGCAAUUGUCUUAUCACUUGCUUUCUGUUAAUAGGUCAAAUAAAUGCAACAAACACCAAAUGCUGCACAGGAAUGGUCUUUGACUGUGAGAGACACCAAAUUGUAUUGUUCCCCGAUAGGAACUUCUCUGUGUACAGAUAGGCCCGGAGCUGUUCUUCCUUCAACCACAAAACUCAAAAAUUGUCCAUUGCCUUGAAAGAGGAGCUCCCCAAAGUCUUGUAUUUCUCAUGUUGCAUCCAAAAAUCGUGCAGAGGCAUCUUCUGUUAGCUCCAGUAUUAAACUAGAUUUUACUUUAUGGGAUUUUCAGUACAGCCAGCUAAGGAGAGCAUCCUAGAGCAGAAUGAAAGGACUAGAUUGUCUUUUCAUAAUGGGUCACUAACAUGGCUUCUAUCAGCCAAGGGGGAAAAAAGGACCAGUUGGUCACUAAGAUGCUCAGUUUUGCCUCCGAUAUAAAUUAAGACAAUUCCCCGUAAGACUUUGUGUUAUCCUUAUUGAUUUCUAGACCGAAACAGCCCUCCAGCCCUGUCUUGUUUUCACCUUGCCUUUCCAAUCUGCAAACUGC